UAUGACAUAGAUCUAUUCUAAGACAUAAACAUAAGUUGACUAUGACAUGACCAGUCUGAGUCUGAGCAGUCUCUAACCAUCAUUAUCAUAAUAAUGAUAAUCAUGAUCAUACAGAGUCACUGAUAGAUAUAUUACUAAUACCUCGAGCAACUGAAAAUGAGUGCUCAGAGUUUUAUUGAUACACUAAAGCGUAUUGGUUAUCCAAAAGCGGCUGCAUUAGAUCCUAACUCAUUUGAGUGGGCUUUUGAAAAUGAAACUACUUUUCCUUUCCUAAAGUGGAUCUGUGAUAACAUAAGUGAAGAAAAUGUGUUAUCAUCUGAAGAGCUGAGAGAUUAUGAAGCUAUUCAAAAUAAUGGCAUCACAUUGAAAGGUGCUGAGCUAGAAGAAGCACUGAACUUGCUGGUUGUAGAAGAUGAAGAAAACAGUGUCAAAACAGUGGAAGAGGAUGAAGAGCAUGUAAAGAAUUCUCUUCUGAAAGCCAAGGCUCAGAAAGAAAUAUUAAAAGCAAGAUGUAACAAGCUAAAUCUACACCAGAUGGCUCUUUCUAAUAAAAUUUCAAAAAUGGAAGUAGAAGAAGGACACUUGCUGAAAUCUUUCCAUCAGCUAAAGGACAAAUGUAGCUCACAGAACCAAAAGAUUGAUGAAGCUGUAGACAAGUUAAUGGCAAGUAUCUGCUCACUCUCAGACCUUUAUAAACAGUCAACUGAGUUAAAGAAAGGAGAAGGUCAACCAGCUGAUGAAACUGUUUUUCUUUCACAAAUGGAUCUUAAAGGUUUUCAUGAAGUGGAGAGAAAAUACUCUCAAGAACUUACAAAGUUAACCAAAAAGCUGUUUUUUGAGGGUGUGGCAGACAUGACAGGGGAAAGAGAUGCAUCCCAAUAUGGAUUGUUAGAUGCUAGCUUUCCAGAGCAGGCCAAUGUUUCCAUGGAAGAAAAGGAAUCCUUCAUUGAGAACUGCCAGGAGUUUGCACGUUUACAGAAAAUUUUUCCGAAGAGUGAAUGUGAUCGCAUCAAUGCACUGAUCAGUGCCAGAAAAGCUCUUAGUGCUGUGAACGAAGCAAGGUCUAUACUACAUCAGAUAAAGUCUGGACAAUUCCCAAAGUCUCCUUCUGAAAUUAGUCGACUCCAACACAACACAGAGCAAAACAUAGAAAAUGUUAAAGCAGAGGCUGUACCAUACACAACAUCCUUAUCCAACCUGUUGAGAGAGUUAGGAGGUUUACAAGGCACUGAAAUACUAACAGGAGAUUAUAACUUGAAACUCAAACGCCAAGAUUACUUUAAUAGAAAUCAAGAUAAGGUUAUUGACCAUCUUCUAGCUCAGAGAGGUAGAAAUGAAUUCCUUGCUAUGUUGUAUGAAGUGGAGACAAGAUGUCACAAUGAAACAUAUGUGCUUUUAGUGGCUUCACGAGAAAUGCUUGAGAAGAACUUGCAGGAAUGGAAACAGCGCAUGAAUGACUUAGAAGAUCCUGACUUGAAUGCUGCUAAAUUUAAACGCAGUGUUGUUGAUGCCAGGGACACGUCUUCUGUGAGGCUAUAUCACCUACUUAGUGACACAGAGGAAGAAGAAAAAAUCCUUUACUUGCCAAAAAAAAAGGUUUUGGAUGCUGCAGUUGACUUACAAGAACAAUUGAAUAAUGCUAAAGCAAUCAGUCAAGCUAUAGAUGAAAAGUAUCUUAGCAAAAUUGUUCAACUUGAACAUUCAAUCAAAAAUUGCGAAACAAGAUUGUAUGCUGGAUCUAGCACCUCAAGUGGAAUGCCUUACUUGUCUCCUGUUGAAGUCCAAUCAACCAUGGCCGCUUUAAUAGCUAAGUUCAGCACCCUGGUCGCAGAAAUAGACAAAGUUAUCGAAGAUGUCACAGCUAAAAAAAAUGUUUUAAAAAGUAACGCCCACCAGCGCAAAGAAAGAGAGCUGUUCACAUUGUUUCAUAACAAUCCAAAGGGCCUUCAGGAUCUGAUGUCUGCACUUGGUGACAGAAUAGAAGGCUCCAGACACUGACUUUUUCUUGGUUGAUAAUUUAGUAGAUGUAUUUAUUCAAUAAAUUUUAUAUUUUUGGUCAA